CAGGCUGCGCGGAACAUGAGAGUAGAGGGUUUUCCCGACCCGGACGCCUUUCGCUGUAGCACGCCGGCAAAACCUGUAAACAGCUCUCUCGCAUGCCGCGACAGCAGCAGCAUUGUCCCGACACCAGACCGUGGUUAGUGGAGCCAGCGUUUAGCUCGUAGACACGUUCCGAGCUCGACAUGUCUCAGGCGCCAGACAGGGCCGCGGUGUCAGAUAAACCUCCACCUCCGAACUGGAUCCUCCAGCAUCCGGCGUAUCAGCAAAUGAAGAACCUGGAGGUCGGGGACAGCGCCCAGCUGCAUGCCGCUUUCCUCGUCUACAUGGAUCUCGCUGAGGUGCGUCGGUGGAAAGAGGUGUCUUAUGUCAAGAGUCCUGAACUGCAGGCGGUUUUGUUGGAAGGGAGGGAAAAGGAAGGAGCACCCAUCCAGACUGUCCUUCCUCUGCCUGUUCACCGAUCUGUGAGCCACAAAAGCAUACGGCAUGUGCUGGACAGAGGCUUUCCCGUGCUGCUGUGUGCGGUGGCAUCGGACUCCACCCUGGUCUACCAGAGGAUGACUGAUGGGUUGGUGACACCCGACCCUCCCGCAGGCCCCUUCCAGGAUGUGGGGCGGCGGCAGCACCGAAAGAGGCGGCAGCAGCACUCAGCAGCUGGAGGGAGAAGAUGAUGAACCUUGAAGGUUCAGAAAGGGAAAGGCUGAAAGCUCGUCGGUCGGUGUGUCUGUCUGCGUAAGCUACCUUUCAGAUAAACACAAGGACAGACGGACAGUAUGGAAGCAGGUGCAACUGGACCCCUCCACGAUACCCCUCCGGUUGGUGUAUGUGGCUGUAGGCCCAGCUUGUUAUUCCCUGCUACUAAGAAAACACUGGCUUCAUCCAGCCGGUGGAGUCCUCUUCGGGGAUUUUUCAAAAGAAGCUCUAACUCGUCGUCACCAGUUGCAUGUCUAUGGGCUGUGAACCAGUCAACCAAAGAGCGGGUUAUAUGAAUCAUUUUCAUACAUUGCUCCAGAUUUGCUGCAGUGAUGGGAUUAACCGCCAUUAUGCCAUUUAGCAGGGCAUACAUUUUUUUUCCCUUUUUUUUUUUUAACUGGACUGAGGCCGAUACAGAUAUUGAUAGGGAUAUAGAACAUGAUAUAAACAAGCAUUUUUGAUAAAUAUCCCUUGAGUGUGGUUGUGACGGAAUUGUGACUUUAAAUAACAACCAGACACAGUUAGUUUGUCCCUAAAUAAAGGUCGAUUUUGCUCUUAAUCAUAUUUUGUUAAAAACACGUGUACCUUAUUUUGAAAGGAUCAUUGUCAGAUGUGAGAAACGGAAAUGGUAACUCACGGAGAUUAGCUUCAAAUAUAGCUAACAGGAGAGUGUAGUCUGAGUUUAGCUUCAGUCGAAAGUGGUAACAAGGUAUGUUUGAUGAUGAUUCAUAUCCAUGUAAGGAUUUUAGGUCCGUUUUUUUGUUCCUGAAGUUUGCUAACUUCGAGUAGCUCAGUAAUGUUACCGGAGCCGCGGUCACCUGCAGAUUUGUAACGUUCGCUUAUUUUCCCGCUUCUCUGCGUUUCUUUGUCUGUUUAGUUACCGCGUACCUCUGUUUAACAAACCAAACAUAUUGUAGACCAUCAUCUUUUACAGUUGGAAAAUAAACUUGUCGGUGGGUCCCUGGUGGACAAACUGUGCAAUAGCAGCACUUUACAAAACAAAAUUACCUGACAUAUCUUUAGGAUUUCUCUGGUGCCAUUUCUCUUCACUUAACGGCGGACAUAUACGACGGUAAUGAAAUCUCCGAUAAGCUAAAACUGCCUGAUAAAUAUCUAAUGUGGUAAAAUGGUGUGUACUUUGAAUAAUCCCACCCCUGGCUGAGCUCCACUGGGCCGUUCGCAUCGGCUGCGCUUCUACCUGUGCUGCCAUGUUCUUGCUCAAACAACAGUGUCGGCCGCGUGGAUAAGUUACUCAAAACACUUUUAUUUUUCUAGAAAAACAAAAAUUCAACUUAGAAACCGAACA